ACCUAGUCAAUUUGAUCAACCGUUUUUUGUGACUUAAAUGAUGAUGUUUAAUAUGAUAAGAUGAUCAACAAGGGGACAGUUAAAUCCUUCACGGUUUUUAAUUUUAACCUUACAAUAAAUCGUUUAUUUGUGUUCAUUUAAUUCAUUCUUUUGAUUGUGUGUUUAUAAUCUGUAAAUAACUUGACCUUACGACUAUCCGUUAGCCUUGUUUUACUUUCUUCUUGUGCAGAGUUAUUUUUUAUUUGAUUUUUAGCUUUUUAUUUCAGACUAAACUUAAACAGUGUUUUAUACUAAUCUGAUGAUAUAUUUUAAAUUUUAAUUGUGAUUACCAUUUAAUCUGAUGUUACCUACAUGGUUUUUAAUUUGUUCAAGAGUUCAUCUUCACUAAAAGUGAACAGGUCAACAUGUGGUCUCAUUGUGUCAACCAUUUUCCUAUGUCUAGGAUUAACUCUUUACGUGGGCCUUGAUUACAUUGUUGCUCAAGUUAUUUACUCAAAGUUAACGUUAUUACAAUCUGAUUCUGAAUUAUAUGAUAAAUGGGUUAAAAUUCCUAUCCCUUUGUCUCUGAAGGUUUGGGUGUUCGAAGAAACUAACCCAGACGAUAUUUGGUCUGGCAAGAAACCUGUUUUACGUGAAAAGGGACCAUACGUUUUUAGUCUAUUUCGAGAGAAGAGAAUUCUUGACAAAGAUGAGGAUAAUGGUACAAUCAAAUAUUCUGAACAUAAUCUGUAUUUUUUCAAUGAAAGUGAGUCGGUUGGAUCUUUAGAAGACAAAAUAUUCACUCUCAAUGUUCCAACAGUUACUAUAGCGGAUAAAUUAGGCUCAAUAGCAUCUAAAUUGCCUAUGAAGAGUUUAACCGGAAUCUCACUCGAGCUGAUUGGUAAUGGACUAUUUGAAGCUCAUAAGGAGCAGCUAAUGGCCGAAAUGACUGUCAAUGAAUUGCUGUUCAAAGGACAGAAAGUUAAAAUUUUGAAAACAUUGGAAACAGUAUGGGCGCCUUUAUCUCUGCUUGGAAUCAAGUUUCCAUCAACUGGGCUCAAGGAUAACACUUAUGGACUCUUUUAUGGUCAAAAUGCGACAUUUGGUGAUCCUUUAGAAAUAGUUGGUCAAGGAUCGAAACUGGGCUCUAUUAUUGCGUGGAGAAACAAUAAAAAAUUGAAUAUCUGGCCUGGAGAUUCAUGCAACAGGCUGAAAGGAACUGAUGGAGCAGUGUUUUCACCUUAUGUAGAUAAAAACCAAGACAUUUACAUAUUCAUCCCUGAUCUGUGUAGAUACAUCACUUUCAAUUAUGAUAGCACCAUUAUUUUUAGAGGAAUUAAUGGAUAUCGCUUCGUGUUAAGUGAUUUAACAUUUGCCAACAAAUAUCGUUAUCCACCAAAUGAUUGUUUUUGUCCCACUAAAGGAUUUCCCUGUAAUGCUGAUGGUGUCACAAGCGUUGGACCUUGUAAAGCCAACGCUCCAGUAUAUUUGUCUCGUCCUCAUUUCCUUUCAGCUUCUAAUUUUUUUUCGGAAUCUAUCGAAGGGCUAAAGCCAAAUGAGUCUCUUCACCAGUCUUUUAUUGACUUAGAGCCAACUACUGGGACACCUUUAAGAGCCAAAGUUCAAUUACAGAUCAAUGUUUUUGUUCGUAGAUUCCCAUUUAUAAAAACAAUGAGUGACAUUCGUAAAGAAACGCUGUACCCAUUGGUAUGGUUUGAACAAUCAGCAGAAAUUAAUGAUGAAUUAGCCGCAGAGUUGACAAAUAAAUUGGUUAAACCAUUGUCUUAUGUAGCUAUUGUUAAAUAUGCUUUCCUAAUUACCACUCUUCUAUUGUUUUUGCUAUGUUUAAUCUGGAAAUAUCUGUCAAGAAAAAAGAGCCUGGUAAGCAAGAAAGACCAGCAAAAGCCAGAAUCCAUUAAAGAGCAUUACAGGAAGAAACGUUCAUUUGAAGCCCAGAGAUUUUAUCAUAACCAGAAAAGAUUGCCAUCGAAACAUCAAGUAACAAAAUUGGAACCAUUCAUUUCUCACAGGCAAAAUACAACAUGAAUCAAGCCAAAAUGUACUUAUUACUCAAUUAACAUAACAGUAUUCAUGAUAAAUGCGUAAAAAAUGAACAAUAAGGUAUCGAGGAUGGGAUUACUCAAUGUUUUCAGAGAGAGACGAAUUUCCAGACAAUGGUUCUGCUCACUGUUUGCUAACUUUCCUGAGUUUACUGAGCUUUGAAAUUUGGAGUAUCCUGAUUAAAACCCAAAAGAAUGUAACUUUUUGUCGCCUUUUGAACAUUGCCUGGUGCACAAUGAAAGUAAACCAAGCAAAACAAAAAAAAAGCAUUUAUUGUCAAUUUUAAUUUACAAAGUCAGUCCAUUUUUACAUCUCGUUUUUUGCAUUCAUCAAUAUGACAUGACUUUUCUAUGGUCACUAAAUCCCAGUCGAAAUUAUUACAAAUCAAAUAAAUUUGCAUUCAA